AUGGAGCAGUUUAGGCAGAUUGGAGAGGUACUCGGAAGUUUGAAGGCAUUGAUGGUGUUUCGCGACAAUAUCCAAAUCAAUCCACGACAAUGCUGUUUGUUGCUUGAUGUAUUCAGUUUUGCAUAUGAUUCAAUAGCUGAAGAGAUGAGACAAAACCUGAAUUUUGAAGAGAAGAAUGUGAAAUGGAGAAUACUUGAACAGCCAUUGAGAGAGAUUUAUAGAAUAUUCAAAGAAGGAGAAGGUUACAUAAGGCAGUGCCUGGAAACCAAGGAUUGGUGGGCCAAAGCCAUUACCCUCUAUCAGAACUCUGAUUGUGUUGAGUUUCACAUCCAUAACUUGCUAUCCUGUUUCCCUGUUGUCAUUGAAGCAAUUGAAAUUGCUGGAGAAUUUUCUGGAUUGGAUCAGGAUGAGAUACAGAAGAAGAGACUUGUGUACUCCAACAAAUAUCAGAAGGAAUGGAAAGACCCGCGACUUUUCCAGUGGAAGUUUGCAAAGCAAUAUCUUGUUUCUCAGGAAUUUUGCAAUCGGUACGAUACUGUUUGGAAAGAAGAUAGGUGGAUACUCCUAAACAAAAUCCAGGAAAAGAAGAUGUCAGGCUCAACAAGGCAAGAGCGGCAACUCUCAGAUAUUCUGUUGACAAACUUGGAAGGAUCGGAGACUGUUGAUGGGAAACUCUUACCAUGUUCAAUCCUAUUACGGUCCAAGGACUACCAUAUAAGGAGACGCCUUGGGAGUGGGAACAUUGAGCCCCUAAUUCCUGAGAUUUCUUCAUUGUUAUCCCUUUCCCACCCCAAUAUAUUGCACUUCCUUUGUGGGUUCACUGAUGAGGAGAAGAAAGAGUGUUAUCUAGUUAUGGAACUAAUGACUAGGGACCUCUGCAGCUACAUCAAAGAGACCUGUGGCCCAAGAAGGCGAAUUCCAUUUUCUCCCAUCGUAGUUAAUCUUAUGCUUCAAAUUGCCAGAGGAAUGGAAUAUCUCCACUCAAAGGAAAUCUACCAUGGUAAUUUAAACCCUUCCAACAUUCUUGUUAAACCAAGAAACAUCACUUCAGAAGGGUACCUGCAAGCGAAGGUUUCAGGGUUUGGGCUCUCUUCAGUCAAGAACUUCACUCCAAAAAACCCGUCAAAUCAGAAUGAAACCCUCUCAUUCAUCUGGUAUGCUCCAGAAGUUUUGGAAGAGAACGAGCAGACAGGAAGUGCCAAGAAUUUUAAAUACACAGAAAAGGCUGAUGUGUACAGUUUUGGAAUGGUUUGCUUUGAACUUUUGACUGGGAAAGUUCCGUUCGAGGACAGCCAUCUUCAAGGAGACAAAAUGAGCCGAAACAUCCUAGCUGGAGAGAGGCCUCUAUUUCCAUUCUAUUCACCAAAAUAUGUGACCAACUUGACAAAGAGAUGUUGGCAUACUGACCCAAAUCAACGUCCAAGCUUCUCAUCCAUAUGUAGGAUUCUUCGCUAUGUAAAACGGUUCCUCAUUAUGAACCCUGAUUAUAAUAGAGAACCAGAGCCGCCGAUGCCUGUGGUAGACUACGGAGACAUGGAGACAAAGCUUUUAAGGAAAUUCCCUUCUUGGGAUGCAGCAGAAUCAUCAAUGGUAGCACAAAUUCCAUUUCAGAUGUUUGUUUAUAGAGUUGUUGAAAAAGAGAAAACAAGAACAACUCAGAAAGAAACUUCAGAAUCAGGGAGCGAUAAGGCCUCAUUUAGUGGGGAUGAAAAUUCUGCCAUCCUAGAAGAUCCAUGUCCAUCGCCUUCUCUCACAUCCCCUUCUGAAAGAAGGUUGUCAAGUGUAACUGAAACUACGGCCAAGAGACCUUCAAUAUCGAAGAAAUUGCCAGAUGUGAAAACAAUUAAGCAAUCAGGAACACCAAAAGGGCGUUCAAGACCUCCCCAACUGCAGUGCAGGCGUAGUUUAAGGACAGGUUCAGAAAGCCAGUUGAUGAUGAUCAGUCCAAGAAUAAGAAGAACAUCUUCUGGUCAUGCAUCAGAUUCAGAGAUCUCUUAG